UUUUUGUAUCUGUUUGAGAGAGUUUUCUGAGAGUGAGUGUUGGUAGCGUUGUUAGCAUUGUAUUGUUAGCAUUGUUAGUAUUGUUAGUAUUGGUAAUAUCACUGUUCUUACUCUAUCUCGUCUCCAUCUCCACCAGCCCUUACACUACUCUCCAUCUUCUCCAUCUUCUCUCUCUGCCUCAAUUCCCUCUUCUUUCUCUUUCUCUUUACCACACUCUUCUCCCUCACCUCUUUGUCUUUCUUUUCUUUCUUCUUCCUCUCUUCUUCCUCUCUUUCUCCUUCCUGAUCAUGGAAAAGGCUAUCCUACAAUACCUCAAUGACACUUUAAGUCCUAUCCUCCAAACAAGAAGAGAUGCUGAAAAAAACCUCAACAGCUUCCUAGGUCAAGAUGGCUUUUUGAACUUCUGUUUAUCCUUAUCACUUAACCACGACCUAGAUACCUCAAUUAAAAAAGCUGCCUUGAUUUUUUUCAAAAACAACCUCAACAACGAAAAAAUUUCACACAACGAAAAAUCUCAAAUCAAAUCAAAUCUAAUCCAAAUUCUAUUGCUAUCAAACCAAUCCAUUCUCCAAAACAUCUCAAUAAAAAAUACUUCAUCCAUUUCCUCCUCAAUCAACGACCAGCUUUUCCUCAUCGACUCAAUUCAACUCCUACUAACCAACGACUUCAAUCUCAAACAAAACAAAAACUCCACAAAUUCUCAGCUCCUCUUCUCCUGGUUAAACAAUCUAAUCGAAACUUCCAUCCAAUUGCUAAACAAUACUCACGACAAACUAGACUCAAAAAUAUUAACUGCCUUUCAAAUCUUGAAGCAAAUUUCAAAGUUUUUCAAAGACAAUUUGCUCACUCUAACAAACCCAACAAACUCAACAACAAACUUGAAUAAAUCCUCAAUCAAACAAAAAAACUUGAUUCAAAUUUGGCAGGAUUUUAAUUCUUCCAUUUUACCUGUUCUAUUAAACUUUUCUUCUCAUUAUCUUAAUAAUAUCAACAAUAUCAACAAUAUCAACAAUAUCAAUAAUAUCAAUGAUGAUGAAAUCAACUUGAAUUGUCAGUUCUUAUACUACAUAAUCAAAAUAUUCAAAUACAAUACCUACAAUAACCUACCUUACUGUAUUCUAUCCUCAAACUCAAACUCAAACUCAAAUGACUUUCAAUUCUUUGAUAAAUGGUUGUCUCUCCACAUCAACUUAAUUCAACUAAACUACCUUCACAAAAAUAUUUCCAAUAACAAUAAAGAUGAUACCAAUAAUCACAAUGAAAAUGGAAAUGAAAAUGAAAAUGAAAAUGAAAAUGAUAUUUACUCAAACCCUUCAUUUCAAAAAAACUAUAAAAUCAAAUUAAAAAAAUGGUCUCUACACAAUCUAUCAAGAUUAUUAUCAAACUUCAACUCAAUUUCUUUCAAAUUAUCAAAUACCCACAACAUUCACAAUACUCCAAACACUCAAAUCACUCAAAUCACUCAAAUCACUCAAAUCAACCAAAAUACUCACACCAACCUCAUCAUAUACAAAGACAUCAUCUCCCAUUUUAACCAAAACUUAUUAAACAACAUCCAAAUCAUCCUACUCCAAUCAAUCAACUUUUCCAAUCCCACCUUGAUCUUCAAUUCUCACCAAUCCAUCCUAUACUAUCUGAUCCAGUUCUUCACAAACAUAAUCUCAAACCAAUCCGCCUUUAACUUCUUACUACAAGAUAACAAACUAUCCAUCCUACUAAACUACCUAAUCUUUCCCUUAAUCUCAAAUUUCCCAAUCGACGACACAAUCAAAAACAAUCCCAACCUAAAUCCCUCAAAAAUAUCCCAAAUCCUACAAAAUCACAACCAAAAUCAUAAUCAUAAUCAAAACAAAAACAAAAUUCAAAUUCAAAACAAAAACGAAAACGAAAACAAAAACGAAAUAAAAAAUAUAAACAAAAAUAUAGACAACAACCCCAUCCUAUCUUCCUCAAUCGAAAUCUUAGACACCUUCCAAGACUCUCAAAAGGAUUACUUUAAUAAAUACUUUUCUUUUGACAACUUUAACGAUGAAUUAAAUGCUAGAUCUGCCUCUUUAAAUUUCCUCUCCAAAUUAAUCACCCUCAAAUUUUUCGAUUCAAUCAACCUCUUAUUCGAAUUAUUAGACCAAAUCUUCUCCAAAAGAAAAUCCUUUCUUGAAAACCAAAACCAAAAUCAAUUGGAUCAAAAUCUAAACCUAAACAACAUCAUCACAAUGAAUAAAAAAAAUAACCAACUAGACCCAAUCAUCAACCACAACUUGCUAUCAAACUCAAUUCAAUUUGACCAAAAUUUCGACAUCUCCUCAAUAUCCUCGUAUGAUGAAUUGCAAAUGGUUUUCCAAAUGGAUGCUGGCUUACAGCUAUUAAACCAAAUCAUCAACUUUAUCCUAAAUCCUACUAAAAAUAAAUCAAAAAAUAACAACGAUAACCUACUACAAAAAUUCCAAUCCAUCAUCGAACAAAUCGUCCAAAAUUAUAUAAUCCCAGAACUAUACUUGCUAAAAUUUAAAUCCCUAAACUCAAGAGCCCUUGAAAUCAUAUCAACUUUAGACUUUAAAUUCAACGAUUCCUCUCUCUUAUCAAAAAUCUUUGAUCCAAUCUUGAAAUUAAUCCUAUAUACCCAAAACUAUGAUACCAUAUUAAAUAAACAGAAAAUUAGUUCCAUCUCAAAUAACCUCAACAACAAAAUCAACUCGGUAAUCGACAACAUCCCAAGUGAUAAAUUACUCAUUUUAAAUUCAAUAAAUGAAGAUUUUUUCCUUCAGUUUUUUAAUGACCAUGAUAAUAACAAUAAAAAUAAUAAUCUAUUAUCUGCAUCAGACUCAGACCAAAUUAAUAAUGAAAUUAACGACCCAAAUUUAAUUAUCAAACUCGAAUUCUUAAAUUGCUUAAAAACCUUAUUAAUUAAUCCCGAAAUAAUAAAUUAUUUACAACCAUAUCUACCCAAUUUAAUUGACCAAUUAUUUCUUUUAAUUAAUAAUUAUGACUUUGAUUUAUUAACUGAUAUUUUGGAAAAAUUCGUCGAUGCUUGUUCAUCAAAUAUUAAUGAAACACCCUUUUUAAUUAAACUAUCUCUAAAAUUAUCAAUAAAUCUUUACAAAAAUUUAAUCCAAUUAGUUAACAUUUCUCAAAAUCAAAAUCAAAAUGGCUCAUCAAAUAAUAAUAAAAAAAAUUCAAUUAAAGCUGCUGACACUAAUAAAGAAUUUAUUUGUUUUGGCCUAAUUAAUAAUUUAUCCUACAUUAUUAAUGCCAACCAUAACAAUAAAUACUUGAUCAUUAAAAUUUGGGAGAUUUGUAAUGUUAAUUUCAAAAUCGUCAUUAAUCAUUCCAUUAUAACCUUUUUAGAGGAAACUCUAGAUUUAAUCGGCGAAUUUAUGCUAAUCUUUGAUAACUUUUACCUACCAAAUAUUGAAGAGGAAUUACUAAAAAAUUUAAUGGAAAAUUUCAUCACUUUUGAUUAUAUUUCUUAUUUUGAAUGUUUUGUUGGUUUGAUGGAAAAUUAUAUUUUAUUAGGUUUUAAUCAAAGACUUAAUAAAAAAUUUAUUAAAAAUUUAAAUCUUCAACUAAUAAAUUCAAAAACUUAUGAAGAAUCUCAACAAUGUAAUAAUAUUAUCUCUUUUUAUACUGAUUAUUUUGCUGAAAAAAAUUCAAAUAUCUAUUCAAUAGUCUCCAAUUCAGAAGAUUCAAAUAAUUUAUCCAAGAAAAUUUUAACAUCAGUUAUUCAAACAAAUUUUAUGAAUAUUUCAAACUCUAUAUUUCUGAAAAAUAUUCCUCCAAUGACUUAUAGUAUCUCUCUAUUUAGUGACUUUGUAUUAUUACUAAAUAAUAUUGAAACUACUUUUAAUCUUGAAAAUAAUAAUAAUGUUUUAAGUUCAAGAGGAGAUGAUGAAGAGGUCUUUAAAAUGAGUGAAUUGAAAAAUGAUUCAACUAAUUCAAUGAUUACAAAUAUUUUGAACGAUGUAUCAUUAGGUUUCGCUAAUUUAUUUGAGUCAUUUAUAAUGAGGGAUGAAAAUCAAUUUAAACCUGUAAUUGAUUUUGAAAGCUUGGAAUCCGAUGAAGAGUUUUCAUGUUUUUAUUCAAGCUUCUACAAAUUGAUUUUGUGUUGUCUUGUUUAUAAGCCUUUGUUGACGUUAAAAACAUUGGCAGAAUUCUUUGAUAAUUUCAAAGACGAUAUUAUUGAUGAUUCCAAAGACAGUGAGGAGCUUGAAUUAAUGCUAGAUUUUGUUAAAGGAUUUCAUUGGAAAUUUUUAAUCAAUGUUUGGCUUGUUAGAGGUAAUGAAUAUUCGGUUUGUGAAAACUUUAAUAAGAGCCUUUUUAACCUUAAGUUGCAAAUAUUUUUGAUUAUAAAAUUUUUGAAAAAUGUUCCAUUAAUAUACGAACAUAAUCAAUUUUUUUUACCAUCUUCAGAUAAUAUUGAUGAUGAGUUUAAAUUAUUUAUUGAUUUAUUGUUUUUCAAAUUGAUAGAUUUAUUUUACAUCUUUCUAAGAAGAAUUUAUGAAAAUGGGGAUGGAAAUAAUACAGAUGAAGAAGAUGAAGAAGAAAUAAGUGAUGAUGUUUAUGCAAACAGUUUAUCAAAAGAUAACUAUCGAUUGGAAUUUCUUCGUUUUGGAUCACCAGUUUCAUCAUUAAGUGUGAAUGGAUCAAGUACGCCAAAUGACAACGAUGAAGAAAUCGUUAGCAAUGAUAUUAGAGUGAAUGUUAUCAAAGAGUUUGAUAAUUUAUUGAAUGAGUUGCCGAAAAAAGAUCAAUCUAAAUUUAUGGAAGUUAUUAAUGGAAAAGAGAACUUUAACGAUUUGUUGAAUUAUUAUAUGAAUAAUCAUAAUUCUCUUGAGAUUUUAUUUUUGUAAAUUUGGUUGAUUUUUUUUUUUAUUUUUUAUAUCUUUUCUGCUUUUUCAAAUUUAGUUUUUUUGAUGUUGUUUUUUUCUGCUCCUUUUAAUUUGAUAAUAAUAUCCUAUUAUAUACAAUUAUAUAUUUGUUAUUUUUUGAAAAUUUGAAUGAUCACUGAUUUUUUAGUUAUUAAUUUUUUUACUUUUUUUUUGAUUCGAUAACUUGAU